UUUCCACCGCUACCCUUUUGUUGUGCAGAAAAAAAGAAUGGAGAAAGCUGUGGGCGGCAAUUGCGCAUAAUGGUUUGUAAACCUAAACCAGCGGUGCCGUGCCCAAGUUUUCUCUCAUUCUUCUUCCUAUUUCUCCUCCUCUUUCUCUCAUGGCUUCCACAAUUUUGUUGAGAAAUGACCAGAAAUCAUCUGAAGAACGCUUCUUCUACCAACACCUUACUCUUUCUUAUCACUUGUGCUGGUCUUCUUGGUGCUGCUCUCAUUGCUGAUUUGCUUUGGACAUCUUCUUCCUCUUUUUCCAUUGCAUCAACUUGGGCCAUUGGCAGAACGAAGCUUUAUGUUAUACCUCAUUCAUCCACUAACAAUGCUACCCAGGUAGAUGACAAGGAGACCGAUUCUAGGAAAUUCUUAACCGGAACUUUUUUUGAUUUACCUGCACCUGAUUUAGAAUGGGAGGAGAUACCAUCAGCCCCUGUACCUCGUCUUGAUGGGGCAUCCAUUCAGAUUAACAAUAUUUUUUACGUCUUCGCAGGAUAUGGAAACAUCAAUUAUGUACAUACUCACGUUGACAUGUUCAAUUUCUCUGAUAAUAAAUGGAUCGGCAAAUUUGACAUGCCAAAAGAGAUGGCACAUUCACAUUUAGGAAUGGCAUGUGAUGGUAGAUACGUUUAUGUGGUAUCAGGACAAUAUGGACCACAAUGCAGAGGGCCUACUGCCCGGACAUUUGUGCUUGACACUGAAACGAAGAAGUGGAACAGCAUGCCCCCGUUACCUGCUCCUAGAUAUGCUCCAGCAACACAAUUAUGGAGAGGAAGACUUCAUGUGAUGGGUGGCAGCAAGGAGAAUCGCCACACACCUGGAUUGGAGCACUGGAGCAUUGCUGUAAAAGAUGGAAAAGUACUGGAGAAGAAGUGGCGGACUGAAGUACCCAUACCUCGUGGAGGACCACACAGGGCCUGUAUCGUGGUCGAUGAUCGGCUUUUUGUUAUCGGUGGUCAAGAAGGUGACUUCAUGGCAAAACCUGGUUCGCCUAUUUUUAAGUGCUCCCGUAGGCAUGAGGUUGUUUAUGGUGAUGUCUACAUGCUGGAUAAUGAAAAGAAAUGGAAAACAUUAAGCCCUAUGCCAAAGCCCGAUUCUCAUAUUGAGUUUGCUUGGGUUGUUGUCAAUAAUUCUAUUAUCAUCACCGGCGGUACAACAGAAAAACACCCAAUUACCAAACGAAUGAUCUUGGUUGGGGAGGUCUUCCGAUUUGAUUUGGAUUCAUUUACUUGGUCAGUAAUUGGAAAGCUCCCUUACCGCAUAAAAACGACGCUAGCUGGUUUUUGGGAUGGAUACUUGUACUUCACCUCAGGGCAGCGGGACCGAGGACCUGAUAACCCACAGCCGAGAGCAGUGGUAGGAGAUAUGUGGAGAACCAAGUUAAAAUUUUAAGCGUGGUUUAAUUUGUCUCACAGAUGCGUUGUGUUAGACUUUUGAAAAUUUACUCAGAUUUAUUUAGAUUCCUCAAUUCUUAAAUCUUUUGUAUAUCAUGUUAUAUCUUCACUUACAAUUUAGGGAAGUUUGUUGUAUCCUAUUUGGUUCACCCUAUCAUAAAUGGGUGCCUAUAGUUUAUGGAAAUCUCAGUGAAAAUCAGAUUGAAAUCUUAUUUAUCUUUUA